UUUUAUACGGAAAACACCCGCAAAUAAUUCAACAAAAUGAAGAAAAAGGUAUUACUUAUGGGCAAAAGUGGUUCUGGAAAGACCAGUAUGCGUUCCAUUAUAUUUGCCAAUUACAUUGCCAGAGAUACAACACGACUGGGAGCAACAAUUGAUGUGGAACACUCUCAUGUUCGCUUUUUGGGAAAUCUUGUCCUCAAUCUAUGGGAUUGUGGCGGCCAGGAGGGUUUCAUGCAACAAUACUUUGCCUCGCAGCGUGAUAAUAUCUUUCGCAAUGUUGAAGUUCUCAUCUAUGUCUUCGAUGUGGAGAGUCGUGAACUGGAACGUGAUGUCCACUAUUAUCAAUCGUGUUUGGAAGCGUUGUUACAGAAUUCUCCCGAUGCAAAAAUAUUUUGUCUUAUCCACAAAAUGGAUCUGGUUGCAGAGGAACAAAGAGAAACACUGUUCAAAGAUCGUGAAGAUGAUUUGAUAAGGCUUUCGAGGCCCGGAAAUGUUACUUGCUUUAGAACGAGUAUUUGGGAUGAAACGUUAUAUAGAGCCUGGUCCAGCAUUGUAACUAUGCUCAUACCAAAUGUUGCUGCAUUGGAGAAUUCCCUAUCCGCCUUUGCCAAUGUCAUUGAAGCCGACGAAGUACUGCUCUUCGAAAAGGCCACUUUCUUAGUAAUCUCCCAUUGUCAAAGUAAAAAGAAUCGUGAUUCACAUCGUUUUGAAAAAGUUUCCAAUAUCAUUAAACAGUUUAAGCUAAGUUGUUCAAAACUGGGUGGUAAAUUCCAUUCGAUAGAGGUGCGUAACAGUGCAUUUGCUGCCUUCAUUGAUACCUUUACCAGUAACACCUAUGUUAUGGUUGUUAUGUCGGAUCCCACCAUACCAUCGGAAGCAACAUUGGUGAAUAUUCGCAACGCUCGAAAAUAUUUCGAGGAACUGGAGAAUCCAAAUACAAAUGCUGUCAAUCAUCAUCAAUAUCAUUGA